GGUUCGAUAAAGAUGUAUGAGCUCCUACAUCGUAUAACAGGUGAGGGUCUUGCGGUUGAGUAUUGCUUCAGCCGGGCUGCCCUUCAGUCCAGACCCUAGCAUGGUGGCCGUCCAGAUCCAGUUUACCAACAACACCAACUCUGAGACCAAAAACCUGCACAUCGAGGAGCCCAGGCUGCAGUUUGGGAUGAGGAUCCGCGAGUUCGCUGAGAUAGACGUGUUAUCAGCAGGUGAAUCGGUUACUGUAGUGAUGGGCAUAGAUUUCUGUGAUUCUACACAAGCAGCAAACUUUCAGCUGUGUACUCACACCCGCAAAUUCUUCGCUUCCAUCCAGCCGCCUGUCGGGGAGCUAAUGACACCAGUGUUUCUGACAGAAAAUGACUUCAAGAAGGAGCAAGGUAAACUGAUGGGAAUGAAUGAAAUCUCAGAGAAGUUGACACUGGGAGACAAAUGCGUGAAUGAACAUGUCAUCGUUGAGAGAGUCACAGCCACCGCCAACUUGAGCAGAGUACAAUGCGGUUCAGAUAAAGAGUGCAGAUUCGCAGGUAAAACAGUGAGCAGCGGUUGUCUCGUGCUGGUCACCGUCUCUACGAAGGAAGGCGGCAGAGCUCAGCUGACGGUGAACUGCGAGAAGAUGCUGAUCGGCACAAUGCUGGUUAAAGAUAUCAUGCAGGCCCUGUCGCAGUGAUGGCGCCCCCUACAGUCAACACCCUCCUACUGCUGCUUACCGCAUUGAGUCGCAUCUCUGUGUAGAUAUUUUCCCAAUGUGGACUGGCUUGUAGCAACAAAAAAAUACUUUGAACUGACAUUAGAACAGCAACAGUAACAUACACAGCCCCUAAUCAGGAUGUUCCUUUUAUUUUCCUCUGUUGAAUGUUGCAUGACAUCAAAGACAGUUGUUAAAGACACCAUAAAUUCUCCCCAAUUAAUGCACAAACCUAUGUCAAUUUCAAUUUAGAAGCUCUGUAGGAUAAACAGUACAUGGCUCAAAGUUUUUGGAUACCAGCUUGUAUCCAUCUGCUCAGUGAAACAAGUUUAAUAAUCAUCUGAGUGAUUCAUCAGUAGAAACCCUGCGUGGUUUAUUUUUAGUGUUUAUCUUUCACAUUUUCUGAAUCUAAUGUCUUACAUCUGAUGCCAGACCUCAUCCCAAAUGACAACAGCAGAAACCACUUCAAAACUGCUUUUGAAAACAUGAACUUUGUUCAGCUCUCUAAAACAUGUGCAUUUUGGUUUCAUAUUGGUUUUAGCUAAAUCAAAAGCUCCGAAACACAUCAGUAUGAAUUUAUCGGAUUUCAACAUCUCUUUCCACUAUAAUGUAUGUCUUAUCUGUAUUUGCGAAUGUGUAACUGCUGAAUUUAGGACUAUAGACUGGUAUAUCACUCAACAUCCAUCAGCUUUUUGUUCUCUUGAAGCUCUCGGAAGAAUACAGUAUCUCACAAUCCGGUUAUUUUAGGUAUUUUAAUGCAGUCUGGAGCCGUUUAUCCUGGUGAAGACACUGUUAGUAGUUAGUUUUAGACCUUUUAUAGUUAUGAUGAUGUGCUUGAUGGCAUAAACCGGAUCUUCCUUUCCCGGAAAUCCAGCUUUACUGACUCAUCUCUGUGUGACUGUGGGAAAUCAUUUGUUGUUUGAAUAUUAUAUCUCUAUUUAUUAUAAAGAGUUUUAGAUGUCAAUAAAAGAGAACACACACUCAAAUUAAGAUGGCUUCUAUUUUUUAUUCAA